CUUCCGUUCGUCUCGGGAAUGGCAGCGCCGCUGGGAGGCAUGUUUUCCGGUCAGGCGCCCGGACCCCCGCCGCCGCCGGGACUCCCGGGCCAGGCUUCGCUUCUUCAGGCCGCGCCAGGCGCUCCGAGGUCUUCCCCGAGUACCUUGGUGGAUGAGUUGGAGUCAUCUUUCGAGGCUUGCUUUGCUUCUCUGGUGAGUCAGGACUAUGUCAAUGGGACCGAUCAGGAAGAAAUUCGAACUGGUGUUGAUCAGUGUAUCCAGAAAUUUCUGGAUAUUGCAAGACAAACAGAAUGCUUUUUCCUACAGAAAAGAUUGCAGUUAUCUGUCCAGAAACCAGAGCAGGUUAUCAAAGAGGAUGUCUCGGAGCUGAGGAACGAAUUGCAGCGGAAAGAUGCCAUGGUCCAGAAGCACUUGACCAAGCUGCGGCAUUGGCAGCAGGUGCUGGAGGACAUCAACGGGCAGCACAAGAAGCCGGCCGACAUCCCGCAGGGCUCCUUGGCCUACCUGGAGCAGGCGUCUGCUAACAUCCCCGCACCUAUGAAGCAGACCUGAGUAAAAGCCGCCUGACAGCGCCACCACCUGGUGGCAUGGCUGUCUAUUUGGAAGAACUCUGCCAGAGAUCCAGAUGAUCUGAGUUGCAUGCUCCCACUUAACAUUUCCCCCCAUUUUUAUAAGCUCUUAUUUUUUUUUAUUACUUUAUAAAAUGCCCAUAGCUUUUGUAAAUCAAGAAAUAUUUUUGUUUUUAGCAAAAUGUAGACAGUUAGUGUGAUGCACUAACAUUUCUUUUUUUGCUUGUUUUUAUCUUUUAAUUUUUGUGUAACUUUUAGUCUCUUUGUGUUUCCAGUUUUAGAUUAGUUUGUGUCAUCUGAGGGAAAACAGUUUGAUCUGAUCUGUGAAUCAGAGGGUGAGGAUUUGGGUUAUAGGCCUUUGUGUUAAUUAUUCCCCGGUGGUAAUAUGUAAAGAUACAUAAAUUUGCCACAGUUCAAGACUUUGAACUACCUCAAGAAGAGGAAUCUAAUGCAACAAUGUUUGUGAUGUAUCCAGCCUCUCAGAAUGAGGAUAUUUUGUGAAUAGGUCGGAAGAGGAUUGUAAUACCCUAGGUUAUUGUAAUAUUACAGCAGGACCCUGAAGUUGAUGUUGACUUUUAUUGGGGGUAAGUUUGUAUCUUGUGUGGUGCUUGUUUACAUUUUUGGGUGGGGGUUGGGUUGGGGGUGUGCCGUAGGAGCAGUGAUGGGCGAAUUUUGCUGUGUUCUGCAGUGAUGGAUCAGUCUAAGCACAGACCCUGUUCCCAGUAGCAUGGCUGGGGCAGAGGUGAAGUGUGGGGGUUAAAGCCUACUGUGAUCAUCUCUCUUUGUUUUGAGUUUUGCUUUUUUGAGCUGAAAUUUUCCAUUAAGGAAGGUUCUUGCUAAUGGAUGGUAUUGAUUCUAAGGGACAGGGCCUCGGGGUGGGGAGUGGUCUUCAAGGUGACCCUUGGUGACUUACUCUCCACAAAGAGCAUUGGGGGCCUUAGCAUUUGGAAAGAUGGCUUACUCUCCCAUCUGUCACACAGGCCGACAGGAUUCCUUAUUGUCGGUUGCUGAGAAAUACAGACUGGCGCUGUGUCUGGCUGUCCCUGAACAAGGCUUUCCUUCUUGGUUGUUUAUUGUCUGACUAGAUUACAUCCCUUUAUCCCAAACAAACGCUCGCUGUCUUGUGGACGGGCAGUGCCUCUGGGGCUCGGGUCUUGGCUCAUUUUGUUUUCUCAAGCCUUGAAGGCCCCUCCCCACAUUGACAUCCACUUGUGGUGCCCUCUGGUCUGGAUGCUACCAUAUCCCUGCCGCCUCCAAAUGCCUCCCUUCCACCUGCCACCUCCCCCUGCCCAGGACACAGGACUUCCUAUCUCGUACUAUACUUGGUGCUCCCUUGAGGGCUAGUAAUUUGUAUUUGUCUCUGUGCCCCUCAUGAGAAUUAGGUAAUAUUUUCCUUUGCAUGUACAGGGAUCAUGUAUUAUUGGUUUUUCAUACAUAGUACUUAUUACUCAUUUUUGUUUGUGUGUAUAGUAUAUAGCUGGGGGCCGCUGAAUCCCCCCAGUGAAAAUGUAUGGGUUACACAAAGCUUUUAAAAUUUUAUUUUUUCACAUUAUAUGACCUCAAGGUUUAACCUGGCCAUCUCAUGCUAAUUAGAAGCUAUGAUUGGCAGCUUUAGAUUUCAUCAAAAAGCUAAAUAAACAGAUUAAUAAACUGAUUUAGGCAUCUUUUGGUAAUAAGGUUCUUGGUGAAAAGUUCAGGAACUGUACUACUGGGUGCUGAGUGAAAAUAUUGUGAAUUUAUCAGUUAUUGCCAUUUUUAAUAAAA